CAACAGAACCUUCCAUCCUCAACACCAUGUGCUAUUACAGCAAUUACUAUGGUGGCCUGGGCUGUGGCUACCGUGGCCUGGGCUGUGGCUAUGCUGGGUAUGGUGGGUAUGGCUGCUGCCGCCCAUCUUGCUGUGGCAGAUACUGGUCGUAUGGAUUCUACUGA